AGAGAUGGUCACAUCGAGUGACAUGGAGGGGAUCCACAUCUGCUCCAUGCAGAUUCUCCACUCAUUUCCCACAAGACUCAGUGUUGAGUCUUCUUCUGUUCUCCCUUGACACCAACUCUCUUGGUGAGGUCAUAUCCUCACAUGGGCUUUCAUACCACUUGAUAUCCUGAUGACACUCAUUCUCCCCUUUCCUCCCUCAGACACUCAUGUUUCCACUCAGAGCUCAGCAUGUCUGGCAGACAUCUCACUGUGAAUGACAGCUCAUCAGCUGAAACUAAAACCCCACAAAACACAGCUGCUGUACAUCCCUGGAAAUGCAUUCUCAUGUCAAGAUCUUUUGAUUUCCCAAGACAACUCUCAGAUAUUACCCUCUGUCAGUGCAUACAACCUUGAGCUGUCCAUGGACAACAAACUGUCCAUCUUACCACACGUUGCUAAACUGUCUCACAACAUUAGCAGUAUCUGAACAUUUUUAUCCACAGAGGCCACUCAGAUGUUUGUUCAGUCACUUGUCUGUUUUGAAACUGGACUACUGCAUUGUGCUCCUGGCAAGUCUGCCCCUAUUCACCAGCUGACUUCUGCAACUAUUCCAGAAUGCAGCUGUGUGACUUUUUCCAAUGUCCCAGGGUUCUCGCACCCCACCCCAUUGCUGUGCUCCCUCCAUUGCCUUUCCGUAGCAAUGGAUAGCCUGCCUCAUAUUUAAAAUGCUGAUGCUGGUCUACAAAGCCAAACACUGAACAGCACCCAUCUACAGGACAAAAAGGCAUGUACUCAGGCUCUUCUCCAUCGUGGCACCAAGGUGGUGGAAUGAACUUCCCCAGGCUGUCUGAACAGUGACCAUGUGGUUCCUGCUCAUAUAUGUCCAGCUUACAGCAACACAAGCACAAAGAAUAAUUUUACGGGGGUCAACCCAUCCAUGUGAGGGCCGACUGGAGGUGUACUACAAGCAGCAGUGGGGUUUGGUGGGACAUCAUAAGUGGGAGCCCAAAAACGGUGAGGUAGUGUGUAAAUCCUUAGACUGUGGUGAUCAUGUGGCUUCUGGGAUUUUAUACCAUAACUACAAAAACCUUCCUCCACUUACAACCUUUUGGAUGGAUGAGAUCAUGUGUAACGGGACAGAGGACAAGCUCUGGAAAUGCAACUUCAGCGGAUGGAAUGUCACUCAAUGCCAAAACGACAACUAUGUUUCAGUUAAAUGCUCAGGGAACAUUUCUCUGACUCUGAUUCGAAAUGGAGUAGCAGAUGUGUGUGCCGGGGUGGUCCAGUUCACAUCACCGAGCGGAAAUGUUAACACGUGCACAGAGAUCAAUAAAGACAUUGCAACUAAGGUGUGUAAAGAACUUAACUGUGGGGAACAUAAGAAGAUACUCACGUCCAGCACCUUCAAUUCAGAUGGAAUUUUAAAAAACAUGCCCUUAAACUGUAUUGGCAAUGAAGACUUCUUAUGGCAGUGCGUGGACUGGGAAUCUGCUAUGUCGAAGACAUGCCAAGAAGAAAAAACUAUCAUCUGUGCAAAUCAUAGACCUGAACGUCUGCAAGGUGGUGUUGAUGUCUGUCAAGGAACUUUGGAGGAAUCCAGCACUGAAGGACAAUGGGCUAAUGUAGCAUGUCAAGAGAGUGAUUAUAACAUGUUUAAUAACGUGUGUGUUAAGCUCGGGUGUGGCACAUUUGUCAGUGUGAAACCAUGCAAUGAAAGCAAGAACACCUGGCUUAAAUGCUCAACUCGUGUCAAGGUAGAGCUAAGACAAAGUGGGCAAAGGACAACAAAUUGUUACGGGGACAUCUAUGUAAGCACGAAUGACUCUUCCAAAGCUGUGUGCGUCAAUGAUGCCACUUCUUAUCAGAAGAUUGGUGAGGUGGUGUGCCGAGAGUUGGACUGUGGGACCCCACUCAGUGUUUCGCAGAGCUCCUUACUGCAGCAUGGACAAUUUAGUCAUGCUGAAUGUUAUGGACAGGAGAAAUCUGUGUGGGAAUGCAUCUACAAACAUGACACCAUUGGCAAGUGUCAAACCAUCAAUGUUAUAUGCUCAGGCUCUCUGGUUAUGCGUCUGAGCAAUGGUCUGGAUAAGUGUGCAGGCCAACUGGAGGUGAAGUUACUGGAUUCCUGGUGGAGCAUGAGCUCUGAUGGCUGGUCAAAGAAAAAUUCAGGCAUGGUGUGUCAACAUCUUGAAUGCGGAGCUCUGGAGGAGAAUAGUCAACAUCGCUUUGUGAAGAGCAACUCACGUCUACUGGACUGGAAGUUGGCAUGCAAGAGCUCUCAUAUCUCAAACUGCAGCUUGGAAAGAAAGAAAUAUAAUAAAAAUGAUGCAGUAGUCAACAUCAUCUGCAACAAGCAUGAGCUCUGGUUUCUGCAGGGCGACUCACCAUGUGAAGGGAGAGUAAAGAGUGAAACUGGUGGAUACUUGCAAAACAUCACCAAUGAAAAGGCUAAUGAAGUGUGUGCACGAAAUCUUUGCGGAACCACAGAAAGUUACACCAGCAACAUGGACUCCUCUGUCUGCCCUGAAAAUGCAACCUCACCAUUCAACUGCUCCAUAAAGAAUACAACCACAUUAACAGAACCCCAGUUUGCCUAUGUGAAAUGCUCAGGCUCCAUGAGGUUACAGUUGAAGAACAAGUGCCAUGGGAAGGUGCAGGUGUGUUCAAAUGAAAACUGUAUGGAUCUAUGUAAGGAUACCUGGAUGGAAAAGCAGUCAGGAAUGCUGUGUAAAAGUCUGGGCUGUGGAAUGGCGAUCAGACAGGAGUACAAUGGGAUGCAAGAGUCGGGAGUGAAUUUGGCCAGUGUACACUGUUCUCAAACAGCUGAGAACUUUAGCCAGUGCAACUUCUUCAAACUUAAUAACACUUCCUUUUGCCAAAAUCCAGCCUACGUUUUCUGCACAGGGAGUGUGAAAGCUGAGCUGCACAACCCGAGAGAUAAGUGUGCUGGAAACCUUCAGCUAUUUUACUCUGGAAAAUGGCAAUCAGUGUGUACAGACAUCAAUCCGGAGACACAGAAUGCCAUCUGUACAAACUUGGGAUGUGGAGAAGCCGUCAGUUUCAACAGGUCUAUCAACAUGUUUAACAGUGAUGGACUCACAAGCAUCACUUGUCAAGAUGGUAACAUUUCCAACUGUGAUUUCUCGAACACUAAAGUACAAAGGUGCCAAGUUGGCCAUCUCAAUUGCACAGGAUGGAGAAGGCUGCUCCUCAACAGCACUGAAACCGCUUGUAUGGGGAAAGUCUACCUCCGGAAUCAAUCAGACCUCUACGCAGUGAGCAGUGAUGGUUGGAGUGAAACGGAACGUAAUGAGCUGUGUAACUAUCUGGAGUGUGGGAAAGUUUCUGAAACUGUGGAUGAAGAACAUAUGAAUAAAGCACAGCCUUUCUGGAGCAGGAGCUACAAUUGCUCAGGGAACCCCCAAAACAUCUGGGAAUGCGAGAAGGAUGAGGCACCUGUGGAGAAACAUCAUCUCCACAUCAACUGUACUGACGAGCCACAAGUGAACCUCACAGGCAAAUGUACAGGUGAGGUGCAGCUUAAGAAUGAGUAUGUGUGUUCCACAUCACAGAACACGGACAGAGUGUUCAAAGAAUUCUGUCAGGAACUGGGCUGCAGCAUGCUUUUCAAAACCUGGCCCACCAAGAAAAUCAGUGAAGCAGCACGUUACCUGAGCUGCACAGGAAUGGAAAACAAACUAUGGCAGUGCAGCUCAUGGACAGAUACGUGCGAAAAUGUCAUCUCUCUGGCAUGUGCAGGGGCAAUUGAGUGGAAACUCAGAGGUACUUGUGGAGGCGAGUUUCAAGUGAAGUACCGUGGAAAGUGGGAACCCGUCUGUCCUCUGGAGAAGAAUGAUGCAGAUAGGAUAUGUAUGGAGCUGAAAUGUGGAAAUGCCAGAGAAGUUUUGACAAAGUCUGUAGAAAAUGAACCAAAUCCAGAUGUAAGAUUUCAGUGUGGAAAAAACCAUAACUAUCCAAUGCACUGCUUCAGACCAGAAAACUGCAAAAGCAAGGCUGUAAUUGAUUGUGAAAACGAGCCUCAAGUGAACCUCACAGGCAAAUGUAGUGGUGAGGUGCAGCUUAAGAAUGAGCAUGUGUGUUUCACGUCACAGAACACGGACAGCGUCUACAACAAGUUCUGUCAGGAACUGGGCUGCAGCAUGUUUUUCAAAACCUGGCCCACCAAGAAAAACAGUAAAGCACGUUACCUGAGCUGCACAGGAAUGGAAAACAAACUAGGGCACUGCAGCUCAUGGACAGAUACGUGCGAAAAUGUCGUCUCUCUGGCAUGUGCAGAGGCAAUUGAGUGGAAACUCAGCAGUACUUGUGGAGGCGAGUUUCAAGUGAAGUACCGUGGAAAGUGGGAACCCGUCUGUCCUGUGGAGAAGAAUGAUGCAGAUAGGAUAUGUAUGGAGCUGAAAUGUGGAAAUGCCAGAGAAGUUUUGACAAAGUCUGUAGAAAAUGAACCAAAUCCAGAUGUUGGAUUUCAGUGUAGAAGAGACCAUAAUUAUCUAAUGCACUGCUUCGGACCAAACAACUGCACAGCGAAAGCUGUAAUUUAUUGUGACAAUUAUGAUUCAGUCAACAAAACUGGACUUAUUGUUGGCGUUGUGGUGGGACUUGCACUGCUGCUGGUGGUGGCUGCGCUGAUUUUGUACUGGAAGAGAGAAACUUUCCUCACCAGAUUAAGAUUCAAGUUUUCUUCUGAAGACACUGAUGUGGAGAUCAACGAGAAUGAAAUGCAGAACUUGAAUGAAAAAGCAGAUAAUCUUGAAAACAGUUCUGAAGAUUAUGAUGAUAUUGGUACCACUGUGAACCCCAGGGAGGAGAACCAGAGUGAAGUAAGUACCUCUGAAAAUGACGAGGAGAAUAUGAGCACAAGUCAAAGCUCCUCUGGCACUGACUAUGACGAAGCUGAUGAAGAAAAUGCCAAACCACCAGCAAACAGCAACCCCACUGAGCCACUCCUUCCUCCCAGACCUGACAACUUACUUGACAAAGUGACAUUCGAAGCUGAAGUGGAGCCACAGGAGGACUAUGACGAUGUUAUAUUACCCCAGACGGUGGUCAGUGAGCAAAAAGAAAGGCUCAGUAUACCUGGUCCAUCAUCAAAUCCACCAUAACUGGUUUUGGAAGAUGAAGCCAAGCAUCAGAAAGAUGAGUAAUCAAGGUCAUUUUUAGGUGGUUUGAAACAUUUUUUAAAGGCAUGAAAAAAUAUUUUUUUUUUUCCAAAUCAGAUGAUUAUCAUUUUAUACAUUAUGUUCAAAGGCACUGGCAUGAGCGUAAAUAGCAACAUGCUUCAUAUGAAUGUGUCUUAAUUGUGAAUACUAUCUACUGUCAUGAGGAGCAGCAGAAUGUACUGUAGGUCAAACUGUUUCCACAAAUCAAAUUUGUAAUUGUGAGUUUCUAAAAAUUAAUGGAAUUAAGAAGUUUAAAAUCUAUUUUUCUUUUGUAAUUCAUUUUCUAAAAUGUGUAUGUAAUAACUGACAUAGUGUACUGUUAUUAUACUUACUGGUAACCUGUUCCAUCAUUUUGUUUUACUUUGACCACAUUAUUUGUUUUAUAUAUUGCUGUAAAGAGGAAAGUUGUGGUCUUGUGUUAUUAUUAUUAUUAUUGCACUCCAAAUAUUAGACAUUAUUCGAUCCACAUUGGCUGGAUAUGAGCAAUCAUGUGCUCUGAUUGGCUACUCUACUACUAGGAUAUCAGCUCAUUUACUGAGUAGAGAAAAACAAAAUGGCAGAGUGUGUUGUUGAAGCAACCAAGGAUGAAAUAAAAACUCUACUUGAAAGCAACCCCCCCAAAAUACAAAAAAGCAACAAAAUAUGCAAUUAAAGUGUUUGAUGGAAAGAGCAUAUCUUUUUUUUUUUUUUUUCAAGAAUUAUAGCAUUUUUCACAAAUUGCUCCUGUCAUUUUGCCGGUUUGUUUACAGUCUAAGCAGAAAUUAUUUUGUCGGACGUUUUGUAUGAAGCUUUUAUUUAUCAAAUUUGCAAAAAAUAAAAAUGCUUUGUUUCUCAAAAUCCAGUGAAUGUGGAUAGAAUAAAACACUUAUUCCACUCAAUCUCAUCAUACAUGGCUUAUAGCCAACUCUGCGUUAUGCACCUCAUCGGCUAUCAGCUCAUGUAUGACUCGAUUUCAUGGAAUAACUGUUUUUUAUAUACUCAUUUUAAUAUUGACUUUGAUCAAACUGUUUUAAAAUCUAUUUUAUACAAAGUUGCAGGAACCAUAUAUCCCUGCAUUGUGUUUUCUGUUAUAACUGGCUGAAGCUUCCCAUAAUUGACCAUGUGACACCUUAUAGCAUGCCAACUGAUGUCAUUAGUCGACCUAAAUUAUCCACAAAGUCUUUCCAAGCAGCUUUUUCUUCUGUUUAUGGUCAUGAAUCUCUUUGUUUACCUCACAAUUGUAAAAAACUUGCAUUUCCUCCUGCAAUUCUUUGCGUUCCUAGAGUGUAGGGCAUUGGUUCCCUUGGUUUGUUCCUGUUCCUUAUUCAUAAUCUUAUGCAACUUCUGGUUUGAAGCUUCUCCUUUGUUUGUUAUGGAUUUUAAUGCUUAUCUGCCUGUGUUUGCCUCAUUUUGAAACCCCACAAUGGAUAAAGGUGUAUCUGAAAUAGUCUGAAUAAAACUUCCCCACCCCACAAAAUAUUUAUAAAAA